AUGAAUGCAGCUGUGAAAGGGCAGCUUGAUGCUCUUCUCAAGCAAGCUGCUGAAGGCUCUUUGAGCAAGACCAUGCAGAGCGUUUACUCGUUGCUGAAAGACAGCGGGUACAUGUAUCGUGCCAGGGUGUGUUCCCGCUUUGUUGGGGUGCAUGAGGCCAACAGAGAUGGAAUGGGCGUCAGCCCGGACCACGUCCACACCCUGGCUGAGUCCUUCCAUGAGAUGGGGUUUGUGGCCUCUGAGACACGCAUGAUGUGCUUGGAGAUUCCAGCUGGAGAUCCAGAUGCUGAUAGAACGCGGCAGUUCAAUGUCGACUUGGUGACCAAAAGCAACAACAAGUUGGCGCCGGUGAAGGACGAGCUGCGAUUCGCUUCGAUAAGCGGCUCGCACAGCAAUCAAGUGUUGAGGUUGUGGUACUAUGGUUGCGACCACCAAAGCAUGGGCAAGCUCAGCUUGGAACAGCUUGAAUCCAGGGACAAAGGGUAUUUCAACGCUGUGAUUCAGGGCUGUGAGUGGGAUGUGGUCAGCAGCCUGGUGCAGAAGACGUGCCCACGCUUUGCUGAGCUUGCGCAGGCAGCCGCAAAUGCUGUUGGUCAACAGCAGCGGCCAGAGACGGAACUUCAGCUUUGCAGAAAGGUGUUGCAGCUCUGGACUGAGGAAGGUGGCAAGGCUGGUGGCAGCGGUCCGGUGGAGUAUGCGAAGAUUGCGCCACACAUCCUCAAGACCAAGCCGCCGAAUGGGGCGGUGCUCCCAGCGCUGUACAGCUUCAUUUUGAAGGCAGGCGGUGGUUCAACGGGGCAUCUCAUGAAGCAGACUGAGGAGUAUGUGCGUUGCUAUGGCAACGCCGGACGCGCACUUGGCGUGCCACUUUGGGAAGCUUUGGGGUCCGACAACAAACUUCAGCCUCAGAAGAACGUGUUGUGGCGACACGCAUUGCUGAAGGCAUUGUACUGCCAUGAAGAGAGGUUGGUGUCUGCAAGUGAUGUGAAGCGCAGUCUUUGCCAAAAAGAGCUUCAGCCUCGCGUGGCCCGCUUCGAGGCAAUGAUCGCGAAGAUGCGGACCAUUGGAGCAUCGCUUGGCUCGAGUCAUGGCUUGACUACGCACGAUGUUGACAUGACAGUGGGCGCGUUUGAAGUCGAGUCCGUGGUCAUCUUGCUGCAGAAGAAGCCAAAGGUGACGCACGAUGUGUAUGAGGUCUUUGAGCACCUGGAGGAGGCCGCUCACAAAGUGAUCAAGAGGUUGAGGGAGCAAUCAGGGAAUGAAGCGGUGACUUCUCCAUGGGAAGCCUUUGUGCUGGCGUUGCCGGCAAAGACCGAGAGUGCUGCAGCCACGCAGGCUUCCAAGAUGCGUGAGUUUACUCCUUCUGGGCAGUUGGUUUCCACGGGCAUCAUUCAAGACCACGGGUUUCACGUGGGCGACAACAUUUUCAGAAAGGCAGAUAAGGUGUCGGGUGAGAUUGUGCAAAUGUUUUCGAACAACAUCAUUCUCAAGGGCACUGACGGGUGUGAGUACACGUUGCCUGUCACAGAGCUUGUGUCGGGUGAAUGGAAGCAUGAAGCAAAGCAGCAGGCCCCUCAAGAGGUGAAGGAACCUGAUGCUUGGCGAGCGGCCAUUGAGGAAGGUGCCAUGAAGGCACAGGUUGUCCAAGAGAUCUACGCUGCGGUGGAGAAGCUGCCUGAUGUCACAAAGGAUCUGGGAGUGAUGCAGAAGCCGAAGGGAGUCAUUGCAAAGACAGAGUUCGCGAAGCACAAGUGUGUAUUGGUUCCAGUGACCACCAAGGUCGAACUUGCGACUGACCCAGACAAAGCACCUGCAGCGUCUCCACAGUGCAUCUUCCUUGACUCCCGCAAAACCAGUGAAGGGAAGAAGGUUGAUCUUUGGCUACAAGCUCCUGGGAGUUACCCAGUGGCAUUUUGGCAGAUGAAAACCUCCAGGAAGGAGGAUGAAUGCAACAUGGAGAUCUACAGGGUCAAGGGCAAAGUGGCGCAUGCGCGCAACACUGUGGCCUUGAAGGCACAGGACACGUUGAUCCUAUGGCGUCCUGACAUCACCGAAAAGGCUCCUUCACCUUUGAGUCUGGUCUCUGACAGGCCGGCCAAGAGA